AUGAUACGAUACGAAACAUGUUUUGCUUAAACUUUUGAUGAAAAUGGAAGUCCGCGAUCUUAUACGAUAUAAAAAAUAUAAUUAGUGAUUGGUAUGAUAAGUGAGAUUUCAAAGACAUUUUAUACAAUGUCUCAGUGAUAUUCCGUCGGGUAAUAUUAUACCCGGGCAGGUUCUCCGGUUCCCAUUCCGUCUGGCGCACUGAGUCCAACAAGGAAGUGGCCAAAGCCUCGCCGGGACGGAACCAUCGUCUCCCCCCAUCCCCUGCCUUCCUCACAGGUCUGUCAAAUACUGUUGAUUGGUUGAUUCUUCAGCGAGAGAUGGAAGCCAUUGUCUAUAAUCUUCACCCGUUUGUCUCAACUUCAGUCACUCGUAAAACCCACAAUUCACCCAGCUUUUCUACUAACCAGGCGCCCGUAUUGGUCUCCUCCAUUAACAGCAGCAAGAAGAAAACGACGACCCCCGCUGGAAGGUCUCCGAUUUUGAGAAUGGCUCAAAACCCAGUGACUAAGCAGCAGAAGGUUGUGAUACCGAACAAGCACGGAGAGAGGCUCGUGGGCGUGCUGCACGAGACAGGGUCCAAAGAGAUCGUGAUCCUGUGCCAUGGAUUCAUCUCUAACAAGGAGGAUACGACUAUGGUAAACCUCGCUGUUGUGCUGGAAAAGGAAGGAAUCACGGCAUUCCGCUUUGACUUUGCUGGGAAUGGGGAGAGUGAAGGAACUUUUGAAUAUGGUAAUUAUUGGAGAGAAGCCGAAGAUUUGCGAUCGGUUGUUGAACACUUCAAGGCAGAGAAUCGUGAUAUACCUGCAGUUGUUGGACACAGUAAAGGAGGUGGUGUCGUACUACUCUAUGCUUCUAAGUACCACGAUAUUGGAGCUGUUGUGAAUAUAUCGGGGCGGUACAAUAUGGAAGGAGGUGUGAAAGAACGUCUAGGAGAAGAUUACAUGGAGGGACUGAAGAAGGAUGGUUUCAUUGAUGUCAAGAACAAAUCAGGAACUGUGCUCUAUCGUGUGACAAUGGAAAGCAUGAUGGAUCGCUUGAACACAAAUAUGCAUGAAGCAUGCCUUCAGAUUGACAAGAAUUGCAGGGUGUUGACUGUACACGGAACCAAGGAUGAGAUCAUCCCAGUGGGAGACGCAAUAGAAUUCUCGAAAAUAAUACCAAAUCAUGAGCUCCACACUAUUGAAGAAGCCAAUCACGGGUACUCCUCACAUCAAACUGAGCUGGCGACAGCCGUCCUGAGAUUCAUCAAGUCUACUCUGCAGGAGAACAAAGACAAAUAAACUAUGAACAGGCACCUGCGAUGCAUUUGGAGGAGCGCUGGACGUAGCUUAAAGUCUAUUUCAAAGUCGGAAGCUGAUGAUAUAUUUGCAAACUACAGCCGUAUCAUUUCAACUUGAGCCCUGUAUUUCAAAUUCUAUUGAGAACUUAGCACUUUGAUUUUGUGGGUGGAUGAUGGUUAUUUUGGUAGUUAUCUCUAUGAAAGUGGUCUGUUAUUGUAUCGACCGCAUUAACUAUCUGGAGACUUAGCUUACAACCUAGGGAGGAUCAAACCAUUUCUGUUCACGGCAUCGAAUUAUAUAGAUUUGUGUUCUGGGUGGGCUGCCUGAUAGCAGUCCCAAUUCUUGGCAUCCAAUUUCUCUGAUGCGCAGCUGAGCGCUUGAUCCUUGGGCUUCAGUUGGAAUAUUAUUACCGUUUUUCAGACAA